AUGGCACAGGGAGCAGUCAAAAAGUCCAAGCCUGUUGCGGCGCCUAGGAAAGCCUCCAAAUCCGGCCCUCGACCUGGUGCGAAGGUCAUCAAGCCCAAGAAGGCCAACCUCAUCCAACAGAAUAAGAUCAAGAAGAAGAGCGCCGCCGGCCUCGUUGGUCAGACCGAGAAAUUCCUUGCGGAGAAGGCAGGCCAUCUGGAGAUACUGAAGGGUGGAAAGAAAGACAAGAAAGAGGGCUCAAAGAGCAAAUGA